GGAGCUUACAUUGGAUUUCCUCGACACCAGGACACAUUUCUUUGCCUCCUCCUUCGUGCUUUCCUUUGGCAAAAACUCAUUUUAUAUAUCGCUUGCAUUAGAAAAUAUCAGAAAAUCUCUCUUUCGGAUCCAGAGGCACAUCCGCGCUACCGUCCGCCGAACACUUGACACAAAUUCCAAGUUUACAUCUUUCAAUGUCAUCUCCCAGCUCAAAACGCACCUUAUCCACCCAAGAUGAAUCAAAUUCUGGUACAAUAAAUUCUGAAAAUGCCCAACCGUCCACCUCCGAGCUGCUGGAGAGCGAUACCGGAAGAUGUUCUCACAUAGCCUCCGCAUUCGCCGAUGACUCUAUCAAGUCUGCUAUCCUAGCCAAGUUCAAAACAGUGAUAGCAUGGAAUGCCCGGCGCACUCAGCAUGUGACCCAUCCAGCAAAACGGAGAAAGAUAUCGGCGCCUGCAUGUGUCGAUGCCAAAUCAGGCGCCGUGUUUUGCGCGGAAUGCGACGAUAUCAUUUAUGAUACAACGCUCGACAACGUCUUCCUUUCCACUGUCAUCUCGGUCGAAGAAAAACAUACAAACUUUCAAGGUCGCGAAGCGUACGUAGCUUGGACACCCACGGAAGAGGACAACGCCGCUCUGAGAGGAACUGUCAUUCUCCCAUGCCAAGGUCGGAGAGGCCUGCUGAAUUUGGGACAAACAUGUUUUCUCAACGUUAUUCUCCAGUCCUUCAUCCACAAUCCAUUGCUACGGAACUACUUCCUCAGCGACAGACAUAACAGCAAAUUGUGUAAACAUGCACACUGUAUCUGCUGCGAGAUGGAUAAGCUAUUUACGGAAAUUUACUCACCCACAUCCACGCCCUUCGGACCGACAUCAUUUCUGGCCACGACAUGGAAGGUUUCGUCGGAGAUGUCAGGCUAUGCACAGCAAGAUGCUCACGAGUUCUUUAUCACUGCUCUCGCUCUCAUUCAUGGUACUUGUCGCGGGUCCACGAACGUAUCGUGUAACUGCAUAAUACAUUCGACGUUCGCGGGCGCACUUCAGAGCGACGUCACCUGCGAGCGAUGUGGAAAUAUUACAAGCACAGUGGACCCAAUGCUCGACAUCAGUCUCGAACUGAAAAGCAAAACGAGUGAAGCUGGAGAUAACACUCUAGCAGGAUGUUUACGCAGCCAGAAAAACUUGGGUCUAAAGAAUAUAGUUGCAGCAAAUGUAGCAAGGCUUCACACGUAUGGCGUCACGUUGUUCCACGACCCUCUCGAGGCAAAUAAGCGGUUGAGUGUACGCAAAUUACCCCCUGUCCUCAGUUUUCAGUUCAAACGCUUCGAGCACAAGAACAUGUCCAAGUUUUCUUCUCCGCAAAAAAUCGACACACCAAUACGCUUCCCCGUGAUGCUGAACAUGGCACCGUAUACGACUCUUGUCAUGAACGCGAAAGGGAAAGAAUCUGAAAAAGGACAUGACUUGGGCCCUGAUGCUAUGUACGAGUAUGAUCUGUUCGCUGUUAUCAAUCACGAGGGUCAGAUGGAUAACGGGCACUACACAAACUUUGCCCGCUUUCAGGACGAGUGGUAUCGUUUCGAUGAUGACAAAGUCACUCAAUCCAGCUUGGGGGCAUGUUUAAGUUCGCCAGCCUACAUGUGUUUUUAUGUGAAACGACAUUUAGACUACAAGCCUUAUAUGAAGCCUUCUUAUCGCUUGACACGUGAAAGCGAUAUCGUCAAAGAGCAGGCGCUGGAGAGAGAGAGAGAAGCUGCGAGAAUGAAGGAGGUGGAUGAUGCACUGAUGGCCAUGGUUGGAGGUGACUAACAGGGGCCCAAGGCGACUUGAUAGUCGAUAAAUGAGUAAAGGGAGCCGUCGUUUGUAAUACGUGAUAAAAAAAAACAGUGAUUUAGUAGAUGAUGUGGAACAUG